AUGGCGGACGCUUCAUGUAGCGGGGGUACUCCCUUUAAGCGCCUCGUCGAUCAUCAAGCCCGAGAUGUCAGCCAUCAUCAAGACCGGCUCGUCAACAGUGGUCCUCAGGGUUCCAAUGCCUUCAGAUCUACACCACAGCCUAUGCAAGGGCCAGAUGGCUUCAGCGCAUUCAUGGAUGGUCCUUCUACUCUACCCGGAGUCCCUCACCAUCAUGCCGCCGGGAGGUUAGCGGCGCAAGCUGCCAUGUUGGAGCAGGCGCAUCCCCAAGGGUUCCACCCAGCACAACCCUCACAUUUUCAAUCUCCUGGUGUAGACACAAGUAACUGGGCUGCCGACUUCAGCCGCUUCGCAAACCAACACCAGCAGCAACCUCUUCAGAACGGCUUCCCCCAGGCUGCGCCUCAGAUGGCCAUCCACCAACCCACUCCUCAAAUGAACUUCCAGGCAGCCUUUGCGCGACCGAAUGCUGGUUUCGCGCCGCUCUAUGGCCAGGCCAAUGGCGCAUUCAUGGGUGCCAACGCAGCGACAGCCCAACGACCUGCCGCGGAAGCCGACUUUGACGACGAGGUGUCCAAGUGGAUGGCAAGCAACGCAGGAGGUAACAUGGAGCAGGUGGACGCCAUGAUGGACCAGAUGGCUCGCGAGCUUGAACUCAACGACGCAGCUCUAGCUGAGGCCGAAGCAGCAUCAAAGCAGGAAUCAGGUGCCGCGGAGACUAGGGAAGAGACACCAGUCCUAGAACCCCCAAACAUCGCCAACCUAUCCCUGGAGACCCAGGAGCCUGUGGUGGAAGAGCCCGUUACAGAAGAGCCCGUGGAAGCUGCCAAGACAAAGUCGGAUGUGGCUGACGCCGCCGAGCGACUUCUCGAAUCGGUCCAGCAUGAGGACGGCGAGAAGUGGAAGAACUCAGUCUUCCUCUCUCUGAUGCGUGAUUUCCGCGACGGGAGAAAGGAUAUUGUCGACAACGAGAUCCGUGAGACACCCGAAAACGAGACAGAAGCGCCCAAAGCCACGCAGUGA